GCACUGACGAUAUUUACUUUUGCAAUAGUAGUAUACUUAGCAUAUCAUUGGUCUUCAGUGCCUUUCUCCCCACCCCCCACCCCCUUUGUCUCUCUCUCUCUCUCUCCCUUAGUGCAGCUUGAUUUAAUGUUUUGCUUAAUUGUGUCCAGCAUUUCUUUGUGUUUAGAACAAGAAGCACAAUUUUUCCCCAUCCACUCAUUCUGCCAUAUUUGCUGAUACAAUCUUGUAGUAAAUAUUAAGACAAUACUGUACUUACCACAUUAGAAUAGCGCUUGAUCCAUAUAUAUGAUUGAGUGAUAGGUACAUAAUAAUAGCUAGCUUUUAUUCAACACUAUUUGCUAAGAAUUGUUCUAACUCCUUUAUGUGUCUUUACUCCUCUACUCCUCAAUUUUAUAAGGUUGGUACCAUAUUCACGCACAUAUUCAAACUAUAUCGUUCUUAUUUUAUAGAUGAGGAAACCAAGACACAGGGAUAAUAAGUAAUGGGAUUUUGAACCUGGGCAGUCUGGCUCCAAGCUUGUCGGCUUUAUUGAGAUUUAAUUUAAAGACAAUAAAAUGAACAUUAAAUUGAGAACUCAUUUUGACAAACGUACACAGUUGAGUAACCACCACUACAAUCAUGGUAUCCAUUAGAACAUUUGCAUCACUCCUAAAAGUUCCCAUUUGUCCCUUUGGAAUUAAUCCCUUCCCCCCACUCUCUCACCUCUAGCAAACACUCUUUUCUGCUACUAUAAUUUUGCCUUUUUUUAAACCCCAUAAAUGGUAUUUUAUAAAAUAGUGUCUGGCUUUUUUUACUUAGCAUAAUGCUUUUGAGAUUUCUUCAUAGCAUUGCAAAUAUCAGUCAUUACUUUUAAUUGCUGAGUAGUAUUCCAUUGAAUAGCUAUACCACAUUUUAUUUAUUUGCCAGUUGAUAGACAUUUGUUUGUUUCCAGUUUGGGGCUCUUACAAAUAAAGCUGUUGUGAAUAUUCACGUACAACUCUUUAGAUGGAUAUGUUUUCAUUUCUCUUGGGUAAAUAAAUAUCUAGGCAUGGAAUUACAAGAUUAUAUGGUAAGUAUAUGUUUGACUCUUAAGAAACUGCCAAAUUGUUUCCCAGAGUGGUUGUACCAUUUUUCAUUCCCAGUAGCAAUAUAUGGGUGAUAUCUAUUGCUUCACUUAAUAUAAUGCUUCACUUAACCAACACCGGUAUUGUUAAUCUUUCUAAUGUUAGCCUUCUGGUGAGGAUGUUUUGAUACCUCAUUGUGGUUUCAAUCUGCAUUCUCUAAUGACUAGUACAUUGAACAUCUUUUCCUAAGUUUAUUUGGCAUCUGUAAAUCUUCUUUGGUAAAGUGGCUAUUCAAAUAUUUUGCCCAUACAAGUAUUUUAAUUGUGUUUUACCUAUUGAAUUGCAAUAAUUCUUUGCAUAUUCUGAAAAUAAGCUCUGUACUGGAUAUAUACUUGGCAAAUAUUGUCUUCCAUCUGUGCAAAGCCUGUACUGUUAACCACUACGUAUAUUGCCUCCCAGUACUUACUGAAAUUAUUGAGGAAUUUCUGCAGGGCGAUGGCCACUUAGCACUAGAAGUUGUGGGUUUUAAUUAAUAAGGGGUAAGAGAACCCUGUUGAAAUUUUCGUUUAAAGACCCAAAGCUCACAUUUUCACUACUAAAUGAAUCUUCUCCAUUUUGGUACAGAAAUGAACAGGCCUGUCUUGGAUUUGAAGAAUUGAUGAGAUCACAGCUGUGAUUGCAUCUGAACUCUCCGUCUUUACCGUCUUGAAAAUAAGUAACGCGUCUCAGCUAUAUUAAAGCUGCCCUGUGCAACUUGCUCUAAGGUGUCCUGUUUUUAAUGCACUAGUUGUUUUGCUUCCUCAUGGAAAAAGACAGCUUCCAGCAAUUAGAACUAGAGAAGAGUGGACCUCCCAAAAAGGCUACUCCCAAAAGAAUUAUCCAUUUUGCUGAUGGAGACAUCAUGGAAGAAUAUAGCACCGAGGAGGAGGAAGAGGAAGACAAAGAACAGAGAACAAAUUCACCACUUGACCUUUCGAAACUUUCAUGGGGGCCCUACCUACGGUAUUGGGCGAGACGAAUAGCAAGCACCUCAUUUUCUACAUGUGAAUUCCUGGGUGGAAGAUUUGCUGUCUUCUUAGGUCUUGAUCAACCCAAAUAUCAGUAUGUGUUAAAAGAAUACUAUAGAAUACAAAAUCAGGAAAGUGACAAGGAACGCAAAGGGAAUGGAUCAAAGGCCCAGCCAUCCAGGGGUCCUAAUGAAAAGUGUCAUCUGGAAGCUGGGGGCCCAGAGUAUGGAACCAGAUGACAGGACAACGCAGAGGGCGUUUCUCAGUGGAGCGCCUCAUCCAGGGAGGGCCUGGUGGCAGAUUUCAGCUCCUCUUGGGAAUCAGGGUUGUAGUUCCCCCUGGAUCUCUGUUCUUCAACCAUUGAUUGCGAUGGCAACAGCAUCACCGGUAGCAUUUCUGAGUCAGCUCUGAUCUUCAUCCCCUUGUGAUUCAUUCUCCAGCAUCCAGAAAUUUCAAUCAGUAAUAAGAAUCAUUGUGGAUUCUUUCUCAAUAUAAACUUUUAUUUAUAAGGCCCCCAACCCAACUCCACUUGUAAUAGAUACAAGUUCUAUUACUUGUGGUCCGUUAGUGUUGACAUUUGCAUGGUAGCAUAAAUGCCUUAAGGAAUUGGGCCUGGGAUGGGAGUUUGGGGCUGAAACUCUUUGUCAUGGGGCUGGGGUGUAGAAAAGAAGCUCUGUUCCUCAGCAGAAACUUUGGGCAUCAUGAAGUCUAAAUAAAUCCCCUUUUAGGAUUUGACAUAAGGUGUAUUCUUCCCAAUAGCCAUCCUAGCUUAGUUAGGGCUUGCUUUACAAUAAGUAAACAUUGCUAAUAACUGUUACGAUAUAUCAGUCUUUGAGAAUUGAGUGCAUUUCCCACCAAAUAAUUAAAAAUAAACAAUCUAAGCUCUGGAAAAAGUAUUUUUUUUAAAUAAUCAUUUCUUGUUUAUUUGUCAACAAAUUUUCAAAACUUGGAAAGA